AUGGAAAAGAAAAGAAGAAGAUGUGGAAUGACAAGAAGGAAUGGUGAACAAUACUGUACAGAACAUUUAAAUAUAUGGAAAAAAAAACAAGGUAAUGCCGUUCAUAAUAAUAACAAUAAUAAUAAUGAGAGCAAAGUGCAUGACAAUGAAAAGAAUAAUGAUCAAAGAAUCCCAUGCCCAUUAGAUCCAAACCAUACUGUGAAAAAAUCUCAAUUAGAAAAACAUUUGAAAAAAUGUAAUAAAACCAAAUUAAAACAUUCAAAUGAUGGAAAACCAUAUUAUUCAAUUGAUAUCAACGGUGAUCAUCAUCCUCAUAAAGAGCAAUCAAAAUUAGAAAUUACUGAAACAUCAAGAAAUAAAUGGAUAAUGGAAACAAUUUCAAUAUUAGAAGAAAUCUCAAAAUCCAAUCUCUUUGAUGAAAUGCCACUAAUUGAAAAAUCAAAUAAAUUCAUGGAAGAAAAUAGGUUUAAAUUAUUAACCAAUAAAAAACAUGCCAUUCAACAAUCUUCUUUAAUUCAACAUAUGAUAGAUAAAAAAAUGUUCAGAAAUAAUCCAAAUUUUAUUGAAUUUGGUUCAGGUAGAGCUGAAUUCUCAAGAUACGUUAACCAAGUGGUAUUAUGUGAAAAUAACAAUGAUAUUGAUUCAACAGAUGUAGAGCCUCAAACAUCUAAUUUCAUCUUCAUAGAUAGAGCAUCAAAUAGAAUGAAAUUUGAUAAAAAGAUAUUAGAUGACUAUGUAGAAUGGAUUUCUAAUAAAAAUAAGAAGUCGGGGGAAAAAAUGAAUGUUCCCGAUAUUAAAAGAGUUAAAAUAGAUAUACGUGAUUUGAAACUUGAUCCAUUAUUAAGUUUCCCAAAUAACAAUAACUAUGUGGCCAUUUCAAAACAUCUUUGUGGUGUUGCCACAGACUUGACAUUAAAAUGUAUUCAAAAUAGUGAUAUUUUGACUGGUAAGGAUUUGUCUUCACCAUCUAAUUUUGAUGGCAUUUGUAUUGCAAUGUGUUGUAGGCACGUUUGUAAUUCAAACGAUUAUGUAAAUCCCGUUUUCGUUAAUAGUCUCUUGGAAAAAUAUGGACAUGAUGAAACGUUUACAUAUGAUCAGUUUUUCUAUUCUUUACAAAAAAUGUGUUCCUGGGCUACUUGUGGUAGAAGAGAUGAUAUGAAUGAUCAUGAUGUAGUGAGAAUUACUGACGAUAAAUCAAUAACUUUAAAAGAAAGGGAACAAUUUGGAUUGCUAGCUAGAAGAAUAAUUGAUGAAGGAAGGAAAAAUUGGGUAAAGAAAAAUUUGAAUAAUGCCAAUGAUUUUACUGUAGAAUUAGUGAAAUAUGUUCACAGUGAUGUUUCUCUUGAGAAUAUUGUCUUACUUGUAUCGAAGAAAUGA